AUGCCAUACAAUUGCUGGUGCACCACUUACACAAGCACUACCAAAACCAGCACUAGCGACACCAGCACCUUUACCAAUACCAGCACCACUGCCAGCAAAAGCACCACCCACCAGCACCACCGCCACCCCACCAACAUUAGCACCACUAGCAGUAGCUCAACUAGCACCAACACUAGCACCAGUACCAACAGCACUAGCAACACCAACACAAGCACCAGAAGUACUAGCACCACUAGCACCACCAGCAAUAGCACCACCCACAAGCACCACCGCCACCCCAUCAACAUUAGCACCACUAGCAGUAGCUCAACUAGCACCAACACUAGCACCAGUACCAACAGCACUAGCAACACCAACACAAGCACCACAAGUACUAGCACCACUAGCACCACCAGCAAUAGCACCACCCACAAGCACCACCACCACCCCACCAACAUUAGCACCACUAGCAGUAGCUCAACUAGCACCAACACUAGCACCAGUACCAACAGCACUAGCAACACCAGCACAAGCACCACAAGUACUAGCACCACUAGCACCACCUGCAAUAGCACCACCCACAAGCACCACCACCACCCCACCAACAUUAGCACCACUAGCAGUAGCUCAACUAGCACCAACACUAGCACCAGUACCAACAGCACUAGCAACACCAACACAAGCACCACAAGUACUAGCACCACUAGCACCACCAGCAAUAGCACCACCCACAAGCACCACCACCACCCCACCAACAUUAGCACCACUAGCAGUAGCUCAACUAGCACCAACACUAGCACCUGUACCAACAGCACUAGCAACACCAGCACAAGCACCACAAGUACUAGCACCACUAGCACCACCAGCACUAGCACCAUCACAAGCACUAGUGCUACAAGCACUAACAUAACCAACACCACCAGCAAUAGCACCACCCCACCACCAUGGUGGUGGUACUGGUGGGGGUUGGAACUUGAACUUGAACUUUGA